ACAUGAGUCAUUUCCUCAGACGUUCAGCUUGGGUCUCUUUUCAUCUCUUUACACGCAAGGAUAUAUUUGAAGCUAAUAUUGUGUCUCACCUAGCCGGACAGGAUUGAGAUGUUCCAUUUUAGGUUUUCCACAUUGCUUCAGGAGUUGCUAAAAGCCAACCUAAAGCGUCCUUCGGCCAGCUCCAGACAGACGAACUGCUGGGGGUUAGCGCCCCGCCGCCGCCGCUUCGGUACCGCCUCCGUGGACUGCAGAUCGAGCCAGCAGAUUCUCCUCCAUGGCCGCACACUGCGCACAUCAUACCACGCGGCUACUUUCCGUCCGUACUGCGCGAAAGCCGAAGGGGAGUUGAAAGCGGACGAAGUGACGAAGAAGGAUGGCGUCGUCAGUGAAGAAGCCGCCAAGAACUGCCGUGACUUCCCUCAGAGACUCUGGCGUCAACACACCUGUGGCCACACCCCUCCCACUUUCAGGAGAAAGAAGGCUAAUAUUCUGCCGAGUCUGGAGGAUUUGCUCUUCUAUACUGUUGCAGAAGGUCAAGAAAAGAUUCCUGCUCAUAAAUUUCUCACAGCACUUAAAGCCACAGGACUUCGCACAGGAGAUCCCAGACUAAAGGAAUGCAUGGAAACACUCAAAGAAACCCUCAGGAAUACCUCCGAUGGCGUUACACUGGAUAAGCACUUAUUCAAGAAGUGUGUCCAGAACAACAUUGUCCUGCUCACGCAGGCCUUCCGCAAGAAGUUCGUCAUCCCAGACUUCCAGUCCUUCACUUCCCACAUUGAUGAGCUUUAUGAGAGUGCCAAAAAUCUCAGUGGAGGGCAGGUUGCAGACUACAUCCCUCAACUUUCCAAAUUCAGUCCAGAUCUGUGGGCUGUCUCUUUGUGCACAGUAGAUGGGCAGAGAUACACAGUGGGAGACACAAAGGUCCCCUUCUGUAUGCAGUCUUGUGUCAAGCCCCUGAAGUAUGCUGUUGCUGUUCAUGACCACGGCACCGAGUAUGUGCACAGUUUCAUCGGGAAGGAACCCAGUGGCCUCCGUUUUAACAAGCUGUUUCUCGAUGAAGAUGAUAAGCCCCACAACCCAAUGGUGAAUGCUGGAGCUAUUGUUUGUACCUCCCUGAUAAAGCAAGGCGAAGGCAAUGCAGAAAAAUUUGACUAUGUAAUGAACUUCUUGAAAAACAUGGCAGGAAACGAGUAUGUGGGUUUCAGCAAUGCCACAUUCCAGUCCGAGCGUGAUUCAGGAGACAGGAACUUUGCCAUCGGCUACUACUUGAAAGAAAAAAAGUGUUUUCCAGAGGGGACAGACAUGACAUCUAUACUGGACCUCUACUUUCAGCUGUGCUCCAUUGAGGUGACCUGCGAGAGCGCCAGCGUGAUGGCUGCCACACUCGCUAAUGGGGGCAUCUGUCCGAUCACAGGUGAACGUGUGUUAAGCCCUGAGGCUGUGAGAAACACCCUGAGUCUCAUGCACUCCUGUGGCAUGUAUGACUUCUCUGGACAGUUUGCCUUCCAUGUGGGUCUGCCUGCCAAGUCUGGAGUUUCAGGGGGGAUCCUGCUGGUAGUCCCCAAUGUGAUGGGUAUUUUUUGCUGGUCACCUCCCUUAGACAAACUGGGCAACUCAGUCAGAGGAAUUCAGUUUUGCACGGACCUGGUGGAACUUUUUAACUUCCAUAACUAUGACAACUUGAGGCAUUUCGCCAAGAAACAUGAUCCUCGCAGAGAGGGCGGAGAACAGCGGCAGCAAUUCUUCGGACCGAUGGACUAUGACAGUCUACAACAAGAGCUAGCACUGAAAGCCCCCCUUUGGAAAAAAGUCUCUCCCACCGAGUCGCACCAGGACACCUCUACUACUGUAGUCUAUAGGGUGGACAAUGUCAGCAAGUGAAACCAUAAAAGGUCAACUUGACAUGAUCGUUCCUCCUACCCCUGCCACACCCUCAAAUAUUUAUGUAAAUUAUUUAGAGGAAUAUUUAUUGUUUGUGAAGCGGUUACUGUUUGGGCUGACUGUUAUUAUUUUAUGUUUUUCCAUGAUGGGAUAUGAAAUGACAAUUUGUGCAGAAUUCUAAAUGAAAUUCCAACUCCCGCUAGUUGCCUUAGUGUGUCAAAUCUGAUCACUUUGUCAUCUUGUUCAAAUACCUAUUUCAUUAUGAUUGCUCAUUGCGUCUUAUUACCACUCAGUGGAAAAUUGUUUUCUCCUUUUAUAGAAAGACUAUGUUCUGAAACCAAAGAGUAUGUGUGUGUGUGCAUGCGUGGGUGUGUGUGUGUGUGUGUGUACAGGUUUGGUACAACCAAGCUUUAGACCUACAAGCUGUUGCCUAUUGUAUCACCUUAGACUGGUUGUAUCAACACAGUAAAAUAUCCACUCAGUGUUUUUUUGUUUUUUUAUCGGUGAUAUUGUCAGGUCAAGAAGUAUUCAUUUGUCUAUGAGAUUAAACCUAAUAGUCUGCUUUUCAGAAUAUUUCUGUAAUUCAAUCACAACGAUGUAGCUAUUGUUUUUAUUCGACUGUAUAUGCUGGAACUUGAAGGGAAAGCGUUACUUAAAGUUGAAGUGCAUACCUUUACAUACCUCACACACACUAGCAACGUUUCUUCACUUUAUGAGCUUUUGACCGACAGUUCUGAUCCAGUUCUUUGGUUAAAGGCGAGUUUAUCUGUGCUAAUGCUGGCCUGUUGGUAUAAUUACAAACAUAAUCUGGAUUGAUGGAUUAUAAAAUGACAAAGAUUGUCAUUGGCAUCUUUUAUUGACCUUUCUGUUAAAUUUGUUCCGUUUUUAUAGAGACGACCAGUAUGGGCAACUGACUUAUGAGAGAUACCUCAGUUUUUGUAAUCCGUUUCAAACGGAUUAAAAACCGAAACCCGAAGUAGUUUUACCGAAGAAAACCUUUUUAUGAUACAUUUUAGUGUUAAAAAAAAAAUGCUUAUCAAUCACAAUUGAUAUCAUAUUUAUUGACCUGUUGGGAGUGACUAUCUUUGGCUUUUUGUACUUAAUAGGAACAAGUGUGUAACUGUGAAAGUGUCCAACAUUGGCAGAGGCACGUGCUUCAGCAUUGUUCGUCUUGACAAAAAUAAAGCUGCUGUAAAGAUUCUAAGAAAACUGCUGCUGGAAUUGAUCUUUUCGGGAUUCCAACCUACCCUUUAAUCACUCCGCAGUUAUGUUUUUUCCUAAACGCCACAUGACUGAGUGGCAGCUCAGUAUGGAUAUGUAGUUCUAAAUAAGUGACCUUAGCAUGUAUUACUGCUCAAAUAUUCCCAGUUAAGGACAGUUUUACUCUGUUAAAGUUCUCUUGAAGAUGCUUUCCUUUUGAUAACAAACUACCAUAUCAUAAAUAUUUAGGAGAUCAGACCUUACAGUAAUUCGCAAUUCACGAAAAUCCACUACUCUCUGCAAAUAUUGCGCGGCCUUGCAACUGUGUCCAAUCCCCUCAACUUCUUCACACAUCGGCCAGUCAUUUUGGCCAAUUAAAUUUAUCCCAGAGCAGUGUUGUUACACGCUCAACUGUCUAAUCAAAUCAUAUUUGUUUUUUGUUUGUUUUGGCAAACUAGGAACGGCAACAUUUUACAAUAUUUUAGCUCUUUAUUGUUCCAACAAAUAGCACUUAUUCGAAGUUCAAAACGGCUCAUAGUUCAGCGCGUAGCUUUCUGGUUAAUGUAGUAUUCAAACAUUUAUCAAAACAUUGACAGAGAAGUUGAUGUGUAAUGAUAAUCGCUCAUUUUCUUUCAUUUACAAAAUGAGAAUCACCGCUAUGAUGGCACUUAACAGUUUCAACUGUAAAACUAAGAUGAAGAAUGUCUGCCACUUGUUGGCAACAGAGUAGACAACGGACAUCAAGGGAGCCUUUUGUGGUGUUUGUGUUCAUAAUACAAUAAUUUGACAAUAGGUGUAGAGAAUGACCAUUUACUGCUGUGUACCGCAUUUUUCGGAGUAUAAGUCGCUCCGAAGUAUAAGUCGCACCUGCUGAAAAUGCAUAACGAAGAAGGAAAAAAACAAAAACAUAUAAGUCGCACUGGAGUAUAAGUCGCAUUUUUUCGGGAAAUUUAUUUGAUAAAACCCAACACCAAGAAUAGACAUUUGAAAGGCAAUUUAAAAUAAAGAAGAGUGAACAACAGGCUGAAUAAUUGUACAUUAUAUGAGGCAUAAAUAACCAACUGAGAAGGUGCCUGGUAUGUUAACAUAACAUAUUAUGGUAAGAGUCAUUCAAAUAACUAUAACAUAUAGAACAUGCAAUACGUUUACCACACAAUCUGUCACUCCUAAUUGCUAAAUCCGAUGAAAUCUUAUACAUCUAGUCGCUUACAUGAAUGAGCUAAAUAAUAUUAUUUGAUAUUUUACGGCAAUGUGUUAAUAAUUUCACACAUAAGUCGCUCCUGAGCAUAAGUCGCACCCCUGAAAAAAACUGUGACUUAUAGUUCGAAAAAUACAGUAGUAAGUUAGGUUUUGUUACUCUGUGUUAAUCAAACAAGUGAAACAUUAGUAUUUUUACACAUUUGUGCGCAACAAAACCCCACGUUUUGUCCGUUAUGUUGAAAUCCUGUUAUGUUAUAAUGAACACACUGACAACAAAUUCAUAAAAUUUCAAGCGGAAAAAAUUAUCCACGCAAGUUUUGGCAAUAUUUUUAGUAAGGUUGUCGCAAAAUCAGGAAUUUUACAUCUCAAAAGCUAACAAGAUCCUGGAGGGACUAAAAAACAAGCACUUUUGGUUGCUUACUGAUUUCAAAACUGUCUUGCAGUUAAAUCACAUUUGAUUGUUAGCAUGUAAACACAUAUACACUUCUAGAGCAUUUAUAUAUUCAGUAGUGCCUCAAGUUAGUUGUAUUCCUCAGGUGUGUCGAGCUUUAAGCAGUUUGCAUUUAUACACAUUGCUGAUUGGACUAAAAAGAGAAUUUAAACAAUGUGACAUGAAAAGACUUGUCUGUUUGGAAUGUCAUACUGCUGAAAUGGGAAUGCUUGCAGGGUUUAUACUUAAGUUCAAUGUGAGAUCUGUUUGUACGGGUUUUUGUUUGUUGUCAUAGGCCCUUUUUGUUUUCUUAAAUCUUUUUUGCAGUAUUUUAUUGUGGAAAGUAUUCAACAGCCUCUACCAACAUGCAUUUAAUUGGCCUUUUUAUUGUAUUUCUUGGUUACUUAAUUUGUAAAUCUAAAAAGCAGCAUACGGGUAACACAAUAAUUUUAUUGUAAACAUUGGAGGAAACAACACUAAGGCUAUUACAAGGGGUGUCCCGAUCUGAUAUUGACUAUUGGUCCAAUGUCAGCAAAAACAAGUGUUGGGUUAUAUAAUCUUGCAUGCAAGAUCUUCGAUAAAAGCAGUCUGGCUGUACAAUUACUUGUGCAAAGCUGGACAGCAAGUUAACAUCUAAAUGUUCUCCAAUAAGCACAUAAGGUUGCUCCUUUCUUGUAUUUUAGUCAAGUCGUUUACCAGAGGUAAACAUGGCAGGCUAUAGGCAACUAGGAGCUGACAACAGCUAAGCACACAAGCAAGACGUAUGUAAUAUGUGUUCUUAAUUUAACAAUAUUGCAGUCUAAAACAGUACAUUUUGUUAAAAAAAAAAAGUAUCAAAUACUAAUAACUGCUUAUUGUUACGCUCUCCAAUGCAGAAGCAUAUUAGAAAGUAUCCAGUAAAAAAAGUCUCAGCAUCAUUCAAUUUACUGCAACAUGAGCUUAAUGAAAUAUUGUGGCCAUUUGGUGUUGCCAAAAAACAAUCACCAUUCUACUUCAACAUGGAUAGCAUAAGUUCAUUGCAGAUAGUUAAUAAUAAAUAUGUUAGUAUUUUUCCUCCCUAACAAUGUUCUUUGAGUAAUUUCGGUUGAUCACACCUUUUCUAACCUUCCACAAGUCUAAAUAAUAAAAUAAUGUAUGAUUCUUGUACAAAUAUUGAUAUCGAUCAAUACUCAAGGCUCCAAAAUCAGGACCAUAUCGGAGAAGAGAAAUCGGAGGGCUCCUAGUUAUUAUAUAGGAUAAUGUGCUAACUUAGGACCUUAACUAAACAUACAAACUGAGGAAAUAAUUUAUGAUGGUGAUGGUGAGAAUGCCUCCUGAUUUGUCCGGCAUUUACUCUAAAGUUCUGUCCUUGCAUGUCAACUAUUAGAUCAGAUUCAUCCAGCACUGAUACAAAGCAACCAAUCUGGACUAAUCAUUUCAAACUUAAUUAUUCUGUUUCCCCAAAGAACCAAACAAGUCUAAUGCUGUGUACUUGAGGCUGGACCUUGUAAUAUGAAACGAUACAACUCUUGCAUAAGAGGCUUUUGAAUAGUUUCAUCAUCAGUUUCAUGUUUGCUUAGCUGUCAUACAUAACUUUUGCACGCUCCUCAUUUAUGUAUGAAUUUAAUUAGGAUACUUUGUUGUAUGUUCUUUUAAUUUCUUUCACAUUUUAUGUUGAUUUCUGUCUUGGACAUUAAUUUUAUCCUGCGAGACACUGAUUAGGCAAACAUUUACCAAGGCUUUGGAAAUGUAAAGUUUUGAAUAAGUACAUGUAUUUAUUUAUUUAUUUAUAUGUGUAUGUAUGUAUGUUAUUUAUGUAUGUAUGUUUGUAUAUAUGUGUGUGUAUGCAUAUAUAUAUAUAUAUAUAUAUAUACACACACAUAUGCACAAAUAUACAUAUAUAUUUACAGUAGAUACACAUACACACAUAUUUAUAUACACAUUUGUGUGUGUGUGUAUAUGUGUGUGUGUGUGUAUAUAUAUAUAUAUAUAUAUAUAUAUAUAUAUAUAUAUAUAUAUUAUACCUAUAAUAUUUGUUCAUGAAUGAACCUUACAUUUCCAAGUUGGUACUGUCAAAGUUUUUUUGUCUGUGGAUUUAUUUUCUUUGUCCACAUGGGUGUAUUUGUGAUAUGUAUAGAUGUGUGUGUGUAUAUAUACAUAAACUAUUUCAUUGAGACUGUGUGGUGUUGCAUGUAAAACAAAACAUCAAAUAAAGCACUUAUAGAUACGCA